AGUGUUUCGUUUCGACUGGGGAUAGCAGGAAUUAGGAAAGGAGCAGAUCUGCAAAUGGUUCUGACAAGCGAGGUUUCGAGUCCCCGCCCAUCACAGGUCUUGGCUCCGCCUCGUACCCCAAGAUCCCGCCUUCCCGAGUGUGUGUGGGGGGGUGGCUUCUACCCUAGGCCUUUCAGUUUGCGCAGGAGGGCAGGCCCGCCGUGAGGAGGGUGGGAAUUCCCGCAGCCAUUGACGAUGGAAGAACUGGAGCAAGGCCUGUUGAUGCAGCCGUGGGCAUGGCUACAGCUUGCUGAGAACUCACUCUUGGCCAAGGCCUUGGUCACCAAGCAGGGUUAUGCCUUGUUGAUUUCGGACCUCCAGCGGGUGUGGCAUGAACAGCUGGACGCUUCGGCGGUCAGCCAGCGAGCCGAGGAGCUCAACAAGCGCCUAACUGCCCCCCCUGCAGCUUUUCUCCGUCACCUGGAUGAAGUACUUCGCCCAUUGUUUAAAGACUCCGCCCCCCAUGAUGCUGCUCACCCUAGCAAAGCUACCUUCUCCUGUGAUCGCGGCGCUGAGGUGCUGACUCUGCGGGUGCGGAGUGAGCUGUCUGGUCUCCCGUUCAAUUGGCAUUUCCACUGUAGUCCAGCUAGUUCUUCACUGGUCUCUCAGCAUUUGAUCCGCCCUCUGAUGGGUGUGAGCCUGGCAUUGCAGUGCCAUGCGAGGGAGCUAGCAGCAUUGCUUCGGAUGAAGGACCUUGAGAUCCAGGCCUACCAGGAGAGUGGGGCUGUGCUGAGUCGAAGUCGAUUGAAGACAGAGCCAUUUGAAGAAAAUUCUUUCUUGGAACAGUUUAUGGUAGAGAAAUUGCCAGAGGCAUGUGCUGUUGGAGAUGGAAGGCCAUUUGCCAGCAAUCUGCAGAGUCUAUAUGUGGCGGUCACCAAACAGCAGAUCCAAGCAGGGCAGAAGCAGAAAGGCUCUGUUUCAGGAGAGACUCAGACUUCAAGCAACACCUCUCCUCAGGGAACGGAUAGCCAGCUUCUGAACCAGGCAGAGCAUUCUGUCUCUUCCACUCCGACGACCCUCUCAGAGCCAGAGUAUGAGCCCGUGGCUACUUCGGGCCCUAUGCAUAGACCUCAGCUGGCCAAGUCCAAGAGGAAGAAGCCAAGGGGACUCUUCAGUUAGCUCGCCAUGUCUCGGCCACUGAGAAGGGAGCUGAACAGCCUCCCAGCACCGUCUGGAAGGGAGCUUGCACGGCAGAGCCUUCCUCAGAUGGAGUCGCGGUGGGAGAUGCAGGCUUAUGUUGCUAGGCCGCCCAAUGGGGACUUCACCAACGGAAGCCUGACUCCAGCUCCCUGGGGUGAAGCCAGCUCCUGUUCUGUGGCACUGCUCCUCUAGAACUAGCACCCCGUGCUGAACUUAGAUGUGUAAAACAAGUUUGCAAAGAAGUACAUACCCAGACGCCUG